CUGUGGGAGCGCUCACACACUGAGAGCAAGUGAUGGGAGACAAACUGCGUCCUUGAAGCGCGUGUCGCUCACCUGGCGAUAUUUUCAUAACAUUUUUUUGUUGUUGUCUGGUUUUCUUUUUUAUUUCAGAUUUUUGAUUCACCUUUAGAGAAAAUUAUUACUAUCUUGUUUGGAGCAGAAUUGGAUUGGCAGAAGGAGGUGAACGUCCGAUGUACACUUCAAUAUCAGUGUCAAUAUUGGCUAUAAUCUGUCUGAAGGAUUUCCGUCAUGGCAGAGGAGUGAGACGCAUUUGCCAAAAUGCCUGUUAGCUGGAAUAUAACUUUUUCACGGCGUUCCUAUGGAAUAUAGUCCGAUUUUACACAGUCUACAUGUUGUGCCAUCAUCCCACGUGAAAAACAAACUCUUUGUGUUCUGCAUAAUGCUGACCCUUUGGGUGUAUAUGAUUUAUUGUUGUGUUGGCUACUGCUCCACGAUGCCGAACGUGGCGCUGGGCUCGCUGAACAGACACACAAACGACGCAGAAGUUGACAAUCAGGAGUCCUCUCUCGGAGCGUCCAGGGACUUACUGAAUAACGAGAACGAUUUGGACAGCAGAGGAGAGGACUGGGAUGAAAUUAAAGGCGAGGCGAAGGCGUUGGAUGAUAAUGCCAUGUCAGGUUUCUUCAAUGAGUCGGAAAGUAAGAAGUUGCCGCAGGCGAUUAUCAUCGGGGUGAAGAAAGGAGGGACCCGGGCGCUGCUGGAGUUUCUGCGCCUGCAUCCGGACAUCAGAGCGGUGGGAGCGGAGCCACACUUCUUCGACCGCAACUACGACAAGGGGCUGGAGUGGUACAGGUACAUCAACCUCCUCAUCUUUCUAUCAUUAAAACACGACUCAAAAGAAGAAGAAAAAA